AUGUCGAGCUCCGAAUACACCCCCGUCUUACUUACCCUCUCGUCCCUCACUCCGGCCUUGGCCCUCGAAGUGCUUCCUCAUGGGCUGACGAUCCACCGCCUUAUCGUCCAGGCCGACGGUCGAACACACGAUAUCGUUAUCGGGCCAGAAUCACCCGCCGACCAUGCCUUCCAGAAGUACACCAACUCUGUCGUUGGCCGGUACUCCAACCGGGUGGAAGUGGGAACACACAAGUUCGAGAGGAAAGGUGUAAGCGGGGAGAUGACCGCUAUCCUCAACGAGGGCAGCCGUGUAUCUCUCCAUGGAGGACCCACAGGCUUCGAUGCUGUAGAGUGGACGCAGCUUAAUGCUUCCGACCCUCCAACACUCUUCACCCAGAAAGAGUUGGCUCACGUCGCGAAAGAAGGAGGCUCGCAUGCCUUCUUCCGGCUCAUUUCCCCUGAUGGCGACCAAGGAUUUCCCGGAACGCUGGUUACGGAGGCCCUUGUCGCCCUUGUUGCGCCUGAAGAGACUGAGUCGGGAGCAAAGGAGUACGAUUUGGGGAGCGUCGUGCUCGUCUACCGCGCCAAACUCAAAUCGACCACGAAAGCUGUUACGCCGGUCAAUCUUACUCAGCAUUGGGGCUUCAACCUGGAAGCCUCGCAGAAGGAGAAUCAGACAGGCGACGAUGCACUCACUGUCAAGACCCACACGCUGACUAUCAAGUCCACCCACAUUGCCAACCGCGAUUCAGACAGUCUUUCCAUAGGCUUCUUGCCCUCCCCUGGCACUGUGCACGACCACAGCGCUAAGCUCAUCGGCGAUGGAUACCCCAAAAUGGGCUAUGACGACUACUACAAGUUUGGCCAGAAGGCAUACGAGACCGUUCCUACUCGGCUGCCCGUCAGUGUGUUGGAGUCCGGCGAAAUUGAUCUGCUGGGAGACCUACUGAAGAGCAAGAGUCAGAGGCUCGAGCCUGUUGUGGAGCUAAGCUCCGCAAAAUCAGGGUUGAAACUCGUCUUCGACUCCAAUCAGGGUGGCGUCAUGUUCUACUCGUUUGCCUGGACCGACGCGUCAAAAGGCGCGCGCAAGAAAAUCCAUGGCGGAUCGGGUGAACGGGGCAAAGGAGACUCUUACGGAGCCGGAAGUGCUGCGUUCCUUGAGUUCCAUGACCCUCUAGCGGCAUUCCUCGAUCCUGCUAACAAGGACGGAGAGGACACGCUACUCACGAGCGACGAGUUGUACCACAACUAUGUCAGAUGCGAUGUGCGCUUUGCGCCACCUGCUGCCUGA